CGGGCGGGAGGGCGGCGCGGCGCGGUGACGUCAUCGAGCAGCGCCGCGAUGGCGGCGCCGAAGGUGAAGCAGGACAUGGCCCCGCCGGGCGGGUACGGCCCCAUCGACUACAAGCGGCACCUCCCGCGCCGCGGCCUCUCAGGGUACAGCCUGUUCGCGCUCGGCAUCGGCAGCCUCCUGCUGGGCUACUACACCCUGGUCAAGUGGAACCGCGAGCGCAGGUGACGCUGCGAGCCCGCUGCUGGCAUCCCCAGCGCGGGUAUCCCGAUUAUCCCGAUUAUUCCCUGCCCUCUGUCCCCCAGAACUCUGCGGAUGCUGCGGCAGAACCUGGACGAGGAGGCCAAGAUCAUGCGGGACGUUCCCGGCUGGAAGGUGGGCGAGUCCCGUUUCCACACGGAUCGCUGGGUGCCCCCCACCCCCGAGGAGCUCUAUUUCCUGCGGCCCCCGGCCGAGCUGGACCGCGAGAAGUUCGGGCUGCAGAACUACGUCUGACCCCCCAAAAAUCCCCCAGUCCUGCCUCUCCUGCCCUUUCCCAGCUUUUUCCCAGAUUUUCCUCUCUUU